AAACUAUCAAUCGUGCAGUGUUGUCACUAAGUUAAUGCUAAACGUCCGAAUGUAUGCGGGGCAACGCCAAGGGCAGUUUUUUGCCACAGCCUCGUGUGUUUUUGCGUAAUAAUUAAUUGGAUAUCAAAUUGGUUGAUAACAUUUUCUUCACCCUCUAUCUUGGUCUAUUAUCGCGAAUCACGCAGGUUAAUCGAUGCACGCGCAAAGUAAUUACAGCAAUUACGCGCCAAUUUCCUGUCAGAACACAGUGCACGCGAUAAUCGUUCACCUGAUAACGAUACCACGUCUACUGUAGCUGUAAGCCGACGCUUGUGGACGCUGAAAUAUCAGGUGUAGUCAAAGAGGACCUCAACUUCCACUCAGAUGUCUGGGAAAACAGACUUUGCUUUUUAUGACGUCAUUUGAAGAAAUACUCCUCCAACGGAAGCGUUAAUAGAUAGCCUAUCUGAAAGUGUGUCCGCUUCGGAAGUUUGCGCCCUGCCUUUGUGUGAACGUCAGUAUGUUUGUGUAUCUGCUGGUGCAAUCGAAAGCAGCGCAACUUCAAGUAGCACGAGCGGCUGUUUUAUCAUUUGAUCCAGUUAUUUGCCGAUAAAAGUAAACUUUAACCACUGGACACUGGCCGAGGAGGUCUCGACAUUCCCGCUGGACUAUAACCUAUAGGUUGUUUUAACCGAGGCUAAUAUAGUUGGAGUCUGGAAGAAAAGGCUGCGUCUCUGUCACUUUUUCUCCUCAGCAGAGUCUCCGCGCAGCCCCCGCUCUGUGGCACAUUCAACACGGAGUCAAUCUCACCUAAAACAUGUCCACCAAAUUGUUCCUCUACUUCUUACUUCUUUCAGUGUUUCGUGUAUGUUCUCAAACAGCCGCUUCUGAGGAUGAUGAGUACGACGACGUUACUGUGAAUCAAAUGUUGGCCCCCAAAACCCACGAGACGGACGCAACGCAAAUACUUAACAACUUACUAAAGGAAUAUGACAAAAAACUUCGCCCAGAUAUUGGAGUUAAACCGACAGUCAUAGAUGUUGAUAUCUACGUAAACAGCAUUGGACCUGUGUCAUCAAUAAAUAUGGAGUACCAAAUUGACAUCAUUUUUGCCCAGACGUGGACAGAUAGCCGACUCAGAUACAACAGCACUAUGAAAAUACUGACUUUGAACAGUAAUAUGGUUGGACUCAUUUGGCUACCAGAUACAAUCUUCAGAAAUUCCAAGAGUGCAGACUCACAUUGGAUUACCACACCCAAUCAGCUACUAAGAAUAUGGAAUGAUGGAAAAAUCCUUUACACUCUAAGAUUGACCAUUAAUGCAGAAUGCCAGCUUCAGCUUCAUAACUUUCCUAUGGAUGAACAUUCCUGUCCCCUCAUCUUCUCUAGUUAUGGAUACCCGCGAGAUGAAAUGAUUUACAAGUGGAGAAGGAACUCGGUCCAAGCUGCCGAUCAGAAGUCAUGGAGACUGUAUCAGUUUGACUUCAUGGGCCUGAGGAACACCACAGAUGUUAUUCAGACAACGGCAGGUGAUUAUGUUGUGAUGACUGUAUAUUUCGACCUGAGCAGACGAAUGGGAUACUUCACAAUUCAGACGUAUAUCCCAUGCAUCCUCACUGUGGUUCUGUCUUGGGUCUCGUUUUGGAUAAAAAAAGAUGCAACUCCAGCCAGAACAGCACUAGGUACAUUUCCUGGUUUGAUAAAAUCCUUGUCCUGUCCUGGUAAAUGUCGCUUUUGUCAAGGAAUAACAACAGUAUUAACCAUGACAACGCUCAGCACAGUGGCAAGGACAUCACUUCCCAGGGUCUCGUACGUCACGGCGAUGGACCUUUUCGUUACUGUCUGUUUCCUUUUUGUUUUUGCGGCUCUAAUGGAGUAUGCCACGCUAAAUUAUUACUCCUACAGCGCUAGAAGGCCGACCUGCAACAAGACAAAACGUCCGAACUAUUCGGUGCUGGAUGUGGGUCCUCCACCCACCGUGAUUACUCUCAACAACUCCAUGUACUGGCAGGAGUUCGAUGACGCCUGCGUGUACGAGUGCUUGGACGGAAAAGACUGUCAGAGUUUUUUUUGUUGCUACGAAGAGUGCAAAGACGGGUCGUGGAGAAAAGGCCGCGUGCAUAUGGACAUUUUGGAACUUGAUGCGUACUCGCGGGUCUUCUUUCCCACCUCUUUCCUAUUGUUCAAUAUCGUCUACUGGGUAGGCUACUUGUAUCUUUAGCGGCCCUACACACCUCAAAACGCAAAGACCUUAACCUGUUGGUUUCGUCCGAGCAGAAACUAAGAGCGGACUGAACUGAGCCUUCUCAAGGUACGUUUAAAACAAGCAGAUACCGGAGCAGAGCUGUGGUCGGUCGAGGACUUUCUUGAAAAAUGAGAAAUAACCCUUAAAGCCAGGCUGUUGGGAAAUAAAUCGCCACAGUCUCUUUAUCUGGUUGCGUUUCUCUGGCAGAAAUCUUUGCCUUUUGUUCUUCAGGUACCAGGAAAAGUUUCACAACGUUCCUCUCACACUAUCUCAUCGUUUUAUGCGUGAGAAAUAACAACUGUUAGAAGUCGAGGUGCGAUAAUCCUUAGGCCAAGACGACGUGAUGAGAAAAAAUGCCUUGCGACGCAUGUGACUUUUGGUGUCUCAUACAAUCCCGGUAGAUUGUCCACAUGAGUGACAUGAGUCUGUCAUCUAGCCGUCAGUCAAAACCAGACAGCUUUCACGUAAGCAGAGCUUUCGGAGCCAUCUAUAGUGCCUUCAACUGGAGGAGAAGCCAUCGGGCAGAGAAAUCUAUGACAUGAUGGCAGGAGCAUUAUCUGGUGUUGACUGACCGCUGAUGGUUUUAUUUUAGUUUGAGUUUAUUUGCUUGUAAACACAGCCACACAUUAUUUUGAUGCAUAACAUUUCGAAAUUCAUAGUCACUGCAUGUUAUAUGAUAGACUUAAGGGUAACACUUCACAGUAAGGUUGUAUUUGUUAAUAUAAGGUAAUGCAUUAACUAACGAAGAACGAUACUUCUACAGCAGUUAUACAUUUUUUAAAUAAAAAGUUGAAUUUGUUAACAUUAUUAAUGCACAAUGAACUAACAUGAGCAAUUGUAUUGGCAUUAAAUGGAUAGUUCACCCAAAAAUAAAAAUUCUUUCAGCAUUUUCUCACUCUCAUGUUGUUACAAACCUGUAUGCAUUUCUUUGUUGUGAUAAACAUGAAGGAAGAUAUUUUGAUUAAAGUUUGUAACCAAAACAAUAAUGAGCCCCAUUCAUUUUCAUAGUAGAAAAAAAUAGGAUAAUACUUAAGGGGUGUUCAUAAGACUGACAUGACACCUUCAUAAUCAUAAAAUGACGUUUUCAUUUAAUUUUAGGUGAACAGGUCUCCAAAUGCUAUAAAAUUUAAUUUUAUCAAUUUUAAUCAUGAUAAUGAUUAUUAUUUUUGAUUUUAUUUCUUAAACCUGGAGGAAACUUAAAAAAAACUUUAUGAAUUAAAAAACAUGCAUGAUGCUAUUUGACAGAGUAUUAACACCUAAUGACAUUUAAAUGACAAAUUAAAUUUGUAUCACUAUAGUUGAGGUCAAGAAAAUUAUGAAUGACGCUGUUAUAAAACUAUAUGACAGAGUUUAAACACUUAAUGACAUUUUAAUGACAAAUUUAAUUUGUAUCACUAUAGUUGAGGUCAAGAAAAAUAUUAAUGACACUGUUAUAAAACUAUAUGGCAGAGUUUAAACACUUAAUGACUUUAUAUGACAAAUUUAAUUUGUAUCACUUGUAAAAAGUGGUCAGUUAUGUUGUCUUGGUAAUGUUGUCAUAACAAAGAAAUUUGGUAACACUUUAGUAUAGGGAUCAAUUCUCACUUUUAACUAGUGUCUUAUUACAGUAGCUUACAUAGUAGCGGUUUAUUAGUGCUUAUAAAGGACAUAUUAAUACCUUGUUCUGCAUGACCAUAUUUUACAUCCCUUAACCCAAUCCAAUACCUAAACCUAACGUCUACAACAACUACCUUAUUAGCUAUUAAUUAGCAGUAAAUUGGGAGUUUACUAAGGCAAAUGUCAUAAUUAAUAAUCAAUAAGUGUUCCCCAUACUAAAGUGUUACCAGAAAUUUCAAACAAUGUCAUCUUUGCAUUAAAAAUGACAUAAUUGAACAAAUGACACUUAAUGACAGUUGUCAUAAAUGUGCAAAAAACGCGUGUCAUGUCAUGAUUAUGAAGGUGUCGUGUCAGUCUUAUAAACACCCCUUCAAGUAAAGUGUUACCAAAAAUAGUAUUAUUGAAGUAAUGGGGCUUUUGAAUGGGUUGGUUACAAUUAUUCCUCAAAAUAUUUUCCUUUGUGUUCAUCAGAACCCAAAAAAAAAAAAUAAUUAUACAGGUUUGUAACAACAUGAGGAGGGGUAAAUGGGUGAAUGAUCUCUUUAACAAGUACAACCUUACUGUAAAAUGUUACUAGUUAAAUCCUACCCUCAAUCAGCACAAUAAUGUAAUAGACCCUCUUUGGAAUAUAAAUGACUGUGUACAGAAUAUUGCAAAAGUUUGCCUAUAUUUCUAGAUUUUUAUAGCAUAAUUUUCCAAGCAAAAGAGAGGGUUAAUAAAGAUUUAAUUAAUAUAUAGUAUAUUCAAUUAUUUUGCUAUUAAAUCUGUUAUAUAACUAAUUCCAAAUUUAAUAUAUUGAUUAAUUAUAUUAUUGGUUUUGACCUGCUUAAAUUACAUAGCAUUAGUUAAAAAAUGCAUGUAUAGGAUUGUAAGAAUCUCACCCUAUAGUCCAGCCCAAUAUGGUAUUAUAUCCGUGCACAUCAAUCAUAGCGAAAUUAGCACAUCCCAGACUUAAGUUUGGCACACUUUUAAGAUUCACAAGCCCUCGAGUAUCCUUUAUAGAGAUUGCAUCUUUUAUACUAACUGGCAUCUAAAAAUUUUCCCAUCCUCUGAAAUGGCAAUAUGGCAAUAUCUACUGUAUAACCACUAUAGCACUUGCAGUACGGUAUCACUGCAUCCUUAAAAGGAGAGAUUAUUAUAAAAUGAAAACUAUGUUCUCGUUUACUCACCCUCAUAUAGCCUGAAACUGAAUUUUUUCCUUAUGGUUUCCAAAUUUUGAUAGUUGAUAGUGACUGGGGCUGCCAAGUGAAAAAUAAAAAAAGAUUUGUUUUUUUAUGUUCAUUGGAAAAAAGAAAAAUCAUACAGGUUUGACGCAGCAUGAGGGUGAGAAGUUUUUCAUUUUUGGAUGAUGUAUGCCUUUAAUAAUGAGUUCGAGUUAAAUGGACUGUCUAAAAGCAUUAUACCCAUUUCCAAUAUAAUCUCCAGCGUACUACAGUAAAAAAAAUUAGCCCACAGAAUCACUGUGCUCAUAACUGAAGUGUAACCCACAAUAAGAUUUGUUAUUGUGUUGCCUUAGGGUCACCUGCACAGAGCUACUGUGAGAUGAUGAUCCAUUACAGAAAGACAAGUGAAAUGAUAUAAAGUAUCUACUUCAAAUUAUAGUCAUUACCAAAGGAUUCAUGCUAGCUGAAAACAUUAUUUUGUAUCUUGUCUAGCAAAUUAUUUUGUAAUCGUGAUGUUCAUUAUGAUCGAUUGAUACUUUUGUGUUAUGGGUAAUAUGGUUGAUGGCUGAUCACACGAGGACUAGUACAUAUUUUAUGAGUUGGCUAAUUAAUAUGAAUUCAUACAAAGUUAAUCAUGCAAAAACAUUAAUGAAACCCCACUCAUAAACAGUGUUGGGGAAAGUUACUUUUAAAAGUAAUGCAUUACAAUAUUAAGUUACUCCCCAAAAAAGUAACUAAUUGCGUUACUUAGUUACUUUUCAUGGAGGGUAAUGAUUAUGUUACUUUUAAGUUACUUUUGCAUUACUUUUUCUUACUUGGCCGAGGCUUGAUCUCUUUCGGGCCUUGCAGGUAAAAGCUCUGGCCGGCCAUCUCUGUUUCUGACUCAAACUGUUCCCGCUCAGUCGCACAGAGUGCGUAAUUCUCGUUAAUACAUUCAGUUUAAUUCAGUACAUUAUUUUAUUUUUAAAUUGAAUUAAUUAAACUUGAAAGUAACUCAGAUUACUUUUUUAAAAAAGUAACUCAAAUAUUAAUGUGUACAUUCAUAAAGUAAUGCGUUACUUUAACGUUACUUAAGAAAAGUAAUCUUAUUACAUAAUGCGCGUUACUUGUAAUGCGUUACCCCCAACACUGCUCCUAAACCCACCAUCAUAGGGGUCAAGGCAAAUUAUACAAAAAUGUACGAAUGUGGACGAAUUAGCCACCUUGUAAAAUACAUACGAAUCCACCAUGAGAUAGCGUUGCAAUAUUUGUGUUAUUUUCUUCUGUAGCAUUUUUCUUUUGCAUUUUCCAUCUGAUACCACUGUGGAUACUACUGUAAAGGUAUUAACAUUAGAUUUUUUUCACUCUUCAACACAACCUCUCUCUAAUUUAAUCUGUCGAAUCACAUAUUCACUUCUUUUCUAACCUGUACUCAGUGUGAGACGUUUGACAUGACCUGACAGAAUGCAGCAAGUGACUUCAUAAGAUUUUUAUUUAUAUAUUUAUUUAUAUAUUUAAUAAUCGUCUUGCAGUUUGACUUUUUGAAUAACUAGAAAUGUGCUGUGAAUUCCUGCCAAACCAAUUCUUUUUUUUAAUUUCAUGAUGCUGUAGUAACUUUUUGAAGGUGUCGAUCCACUAUUACGAUUCUAUUUGAUGAUAAUACGUGAGUGCUUCAUCAUAUUGUUGUUAGUGCAAGUGUUCGCUUUGGCGUACAAUAAUUAUUAGCUGUUCUAAUGGUGCUAGAUCUUCAAACUAACCUAUCAUCAUUCAAGCUAAUGGCCUCGUGCCCAAGAACUCAUAAAAGUCUAGGUAAGAUCUGUUACCUGAAGUUACCUAAAGCCAUAUGCUGGAAUUAAAUCCAAUUAUACUUACGCUUUUUAUAGUGGCCUAAUAAUGACAUCAAUUUCCAAUGAAGAGAUUUUCUGAGGAAGGAAAUAGAGAAUCUGUGCAUCAGCCAUUGAUGAGGUUUAAUACUUAUUUGGUCACUUCGGUCAUAGACUACUUGAUUAUCAUUAUUUACGGUUUAAGCCAGGGAUGUCCUUUGAAGUGCAAUGAAUAAUACAUUACGGUUUUUGCUUGUUUCUUUUUAGGCUGGAAAAAAAGAUUUACACAUCCAAGUGACCUUUAAGAGGGUGGAUCUGCUAUCCUUAUGAAAUAUAACAUGCAUAUAAAAACUCAGUACUCAGUACUCCAUAUAUCCUGCCCCUUUUUUUCUUUCUCCAUUACAUUGUUAUAUACAGUAAUAGAAUUUAACUUUAAAGUAGCCGGUUUACCAUUACAGUAAAGGCUAAAUGCCAAAGAAAUCUCAUUCAUUACUCUGCUAUGGAUGGAUGGCUUCUAUAUUCAUCUUAUUUGCCAUCAACAUUCACUUAUAUGCCGAAUAUGCUGUAGGUAUUUGUUUGUGAAUUACUCUACACUGUAAAAAAAAGUUGUGUUGGUUCAACUUACAAAAGUUAGUUACCUAGAAUUAAUUCAGGUUAAAAUAUUAUUUUCCUUAAUAAUUGUUGUGGCAUCAAAUAUUUUUAAAGUUGAAUUAACUCAAAAUUUUAAGGCAACCAGGUAACUAACUUUUUUCUAGUUGAACCAACUUUUUAUACAGUGUACAGUUAAAGGGACACUCCACUUUUUUAAGUGGCAUUUAGCAUUGCGCUAAAAAAUAACCAAAGACUUUCGAUAUUUUUGUACUUCUGUAGUUACAUUGUGUACUAAGACCGACAGAAAAUUAAAAGUUGUGAUUUUAGGCUGAUAUGGCUAGGAACUAUACUCUAAUUCUGAUGUAAUAAUCAAGGAAUUUGCUGAUGUAACAUGGCGGCAGCAGGCGUAGUGAUAUUACGCAGUGCCCGAAAAUAGUCCCCUGCUAUUAAAAGUAACCAAGGGGACUAUUUUCGGGCAGUGUGUAAUGUAAAGUUUCUAUUUUAUAAGCAGAU